AUGCACUUCUUCUCUAAGUCGGCUGUCGCCCUGACCGUGGCUCUCGCAGCCUUCUCUGAAGCUGCUUCCCAUGGACGCCACAGAUAUCGCCAUUUCAAUCGCCAGGUCGGCUCCAGUGUCACCGUGCCUCUCAGCACUGGCUAUCCUGCCCCAACCAGCACUGUUGGAGCGCCUCCUGCUCAGAAGCCAGUCGUAACCUCGUCCGUCCCAAUGGGCACAGGAACAAACCCUAAGCCCACUGAGUAUCCAAGUGUUACUGUGAUUACCUCUACUGUGACAUAUACCUUGGGACCCAGCAACAGUGUCACCACAUACACUUUCACGACCACGGCUCCUCUAGCUAUUGAGACGCGCACCGUUAAUCCUACUCCUGUUGGGGAUAACGAGCCCACCACCAAAACCACCACCGUCUCUAGCACAUCUACAUCCACUUAUUGGAUCACCGUUACCGAAGCUUGCACCACUAGCACUCCCCAGGGUGGCCCCGGCGGCGCCCCUACCAACGCUCCAGGUGGCCCAGUUGGUGGUCCCGAGACCGCUCCUACCAACCCUCCUCAGGCCCCAACUGGCAUUCCAGGCGGUGAAAACACCUGUCCCUCUGCUGCCACCGUCACUGUCACUCAGGCCACUGCCACCGUCACCCAAACAGUCACUGUCAGCCCCGAGGGCUCCCAGCCAACCCAGGAAGGUGGAAACAAUGGCACUCCAGUUGUGAAGGCUCCUGAGCAAGUCACUCCUCCAUUCCCUACUACAACGACCGGCCAUCCUAGCCACCCUAGCCACCCUCCCCAUCCCAGCCAUCCCAGCCAGGGUAUGCCCCACGGUACCGGCGCUCCAGCCUACCACUACCCAAGCGGGGUUGCUUUCUAA